AUGACGGUCAAGCGCUCCUUCAUUUCCAAGGACCGGGUCGAGAAGUCGAUCAGAUCGGCCAAGAAGGUUUUCAGUGGGCACGGACGUGUGAGAGCGAAGAAGAUGCAGGAGAGAACGGAUAGUCCGCCGACGGACAGUCCCCUCUUGAGCCCUAUAGUCAGUCUGAUUGUAGGACCGGACCAGCGUCUAUUCGUGGCUCACGAAGAUGUCCUGUGCCGUUCACCGUUCUUCGCGGCCAUGCUUCGGGACCAGUUUGUAGAGAACGCCAUGGACAUGGCCAUAGCCUUACCAGAAGAAGAGCCCGAAAUCUUGUCUUGCGUUCUUGAAUUCCUCUACAAGGGUGAUUACUUCCCUCGCCUGUUCCGCAACAAGGACACCAACACCUGGGACCUCGAGAAUGCCCACCUAGACGGUUAUGGAUCUAGCGAAGCCACCAUCUUCCUGUCCGGCCUCCCCGGCCUCGUCCUCCGGGACACGGCAGUGUACUGCGCCGCAGAGAAGUACGGCCUCGAGGGGCUGAAGCGACUCGCGCUGCGCAAGCAGGGCCACCAGAGCGGGAUCCCAAUCGACGUGAUCCUGCGGUCUGCGCGGUACGCCUACGACAACACGCCGGAUUCGGAGUAUCGGCUUCGUGCUCACUACCUGGCUAUGAUCAUUCGCACGAGGCAUAUCUUCAAGAGUAGCGGUACCAUGCAGGUGGAGAUGGAGUUGGGGCAUCCGUUCUUCUUUGAUCUGUUUGUGGCUAUGUGUAAUCAUAUGGAUGAUCUUGAGAUGAAGUCAGGCAUUUUGCCCUCGAUUGUGUUAUUUCGACCUGAUUCUUGGAAAUACUUGCUAACUCUGGACUUGAUACAGCAUCAGCUCAUCGCCCAAUAUGACCUAGACGAUGACAUGCAAUACAUCCAGACACCAAAGAACCAGAUUGAAAAUACUCCAGACUUCAGAUUGCACCGUCUGGCUCUUCUGUUUGCCCUGACCCAGAACACCAAAAACCACCAAAUAAAAAUAAGAAAAAGAAAAACCAAACCCAAGUCAAACUACGCCAUUCCAUUCUCGAGGCCGGCCGACCUUUCAAAUGAAGCGAUUGGAACAAUCGCAAUUUUAAUACCAGCCAUUUCUGAUUUGUUUACUGUCUCUUGUGAUGCAAUGCGUUGA